AUGAUUAGGAGGGGUGUUCGUACACGUGGUCAAACUCAUCGAGGUAGGCCAUCGACAAAUGUGUCUCCCAUUCGGAACAUAGCUGUGGAUGCAAGACCAUCAAGGAGUCCCCCGGUUCAGGGAGUCAAUCCUGGAGCUGCUGCGGCCCCUCCUGGUGCAACACCUACAGCUCCCCCAACUACCUUGCCAAAUACACCACCAUUAGCUACUCAAGCAGAUAUCAUUGGAAUCAGUACUGUUGUAGCUAAUCUAAUUCGACAACAGCAAGGACAACAAGAUGUCACUACCCAGUCUUCAUAUUUCGAAAGGUUUAGGCGAGUGAACCCCCCUACCUUUAAUGGUGGCCCAGAUCCUACAGCGGCAGAGAGAUGGAUUAAGGAAUUGGAAAAAUUAUUUGAUGCAAUGCAAUACCCUAACGACGUCAAGGUAGCAGUAGCCGUUCCUUUAUUGCAAGGGAAUGAUGAGCAUUGGUGGGAGGUAGAAAGGGCUGCCCACCCUGAUGGUGUUAAUUGGCAAGAUUUCAAAAGAAUUUUCUUUGACAAUUUCUUCCCUGACAGUUUGAAGACAAUCAAAGAAAAUGAGUUUCUGGACUUAAAGCAAGGAAGUAUGACUGUGUUGGAGUAUGCGCACAAGUUUCAUGAGUUGGGCCAAUUCUGCUUGAGAUAUAUGAUUGGCGAGAGAGACAAAGCUAGAAAGUUUGAGCGGGGACUAAGACCUGAUAUUCGAGAUAAGUUAUGUGGGACCAUCUUCACCACCUACUUGGCUGUGUAUAUGAGCGCUCUUAAAGCUGAAGCCGAAGUGAAUAAGCAAGCUGAAUACUGGGCACGGAAGAAAAGAGCAGGGCCCAAGAUAUCUAAAGAAGCUAGUGGUUCUAACAAUAAGAAAAGAGAUGUUGGAUUUCAGAAAAAGGAAAAUACAUGUGGAUAUUGUCAUCGAUCUCAUACCGGUCCAUGCCACCGUAAGACUGGAGCUUUCUUUGGAUGUGGACAACAAGGCCAUUUGAUCAAGAAUUGUCCCUCCAUGAAGAAGAACGAAGCACAGUCGACUCAUCCCAAAAGGGCUAAUGCUCGGGUUUUUGCAUGA